AUGGGUUUGGAUUUGAGGCAGGUGGUGGCCGGAAUUCUCACCAUUACCAUGUUCGUGAUGCUCGGACAAAUGCUUCAUAGAGAUUACUUUGAUGCUGUUCAGGAAAAAGUUCAAGGAGAUGCACAUGAUAUUGAAUUCCUAGGAUCAAAAGUAUCUGUUGAAGAUGGACUUGUUAGAAGCAGUGGAGGGAAUAACAAAGGGCCAUGGAUGGAAGAUAGCCAUGAACUUAAGACCUGUUGGUCAUUAUCUCAAUCUGAUGAAGCUGUAUCAUCAAAGGGUUAUGUUACAUUCUCCUUAACGAAUGGUCCUGAAUACCAUGUCUCUCAGAUUACUGAUGCCGUGAUGGUGGCGAAGCAUCUUGGAGCAACGCUUGUGCUUCCUGACAUAAGAGGAAGCAAGCCUGGUGAUGAAAUGAACUUUGAAGACAUCUAUGAUGUGGAGAAACUCGUUAAAAGCUUGGAGAGCGUCGUCAAGGUUGUUAAAAAGCUGCCUAGCCACGUAUCUCUAAGAGACAUCGCCAUUGUUAAGGUCCCUUUCCGAGUAGCAGAAGACUACAUCAAGGAACACAUUGACCCCAUCUUCAAAUCUAAAGGCAACAUAAGAGUGACAACCUAUUUCCCUUCCGUGAAUCUGAGGAAGUCUUCUCGUGACGCUGAAACCGACCCUGUCUCUUGUUUGGCAAUGUUUGGCUCCUUGGAGUUGCAACCAGCAGUGAACGAUUUGGUUGAUUCGAUGAUUCAGAGGCUGAAGAUACAUAGCAAGAAAGCACGUGGCCGUUUCAUAGCCAUAGACUUGAGAGUUGAGAUACUUGAAAAGAAGAACUGCCAUGAGACUGGUGCUUCAGGAUCCAAAACAUGUUACAACGCACAAGAGAUCGCAUUGUUCUUGAGGAAGCUUGGAUUCGACAGCGAUACAACUAUAUAUCUGACUCAGCCAAGAUGGGAGAGCAGCCUCAACAUUCUCAAGGACAUUUUCCCUAAAACGUUUACUAAGGAGGCGAUAAUGCCAUCAGAUAAGAAACCGAAGUACCUUGAGUUAGAGAAUUCAGAGUAUGAGAAUGUGAUUGACUUCUACAUAAGUUCAAGGAGUGAUGUGUUUGUGCCAGCGAUUCCUGGACUGUUCUACGCCAAUGUAGUUGGGAAAAGGAUAGCUUCAGGGAAGCCUCAAGUUCUCGUUCCAGCGGAGAUCUCGGGAACGUCCGGUGCUUCUACUGAUUACAUCUCUCCCUACAUCUCGAAGAAGAACCACUUGGCGUAUUCUUGCUUUUGCUGA